AUGCCAGUGUUGACGACACUAAGGAUUAAGGAACUUGCGUUCGAUUACGAUGGCCCUCUGAUUCUUCUGAUCAAAGCGGGGCGUUACUUUUUUUGCCUUGCUAGCGAUCAAGGUCUAAAGGACACAAUUAAGCCGUAUGGUGCAGAAAAUUCUUUACUUCUGCAAAUCCUUCCAGAUUUAGUAAAGCUCGUCACUGGAUAUUCUACGAAGAAAAUGGGUCCUGGAAUUGAAAAUGGUAUUAUCUAUUCAAACUUUACUCUGAAAACCUCGCGUCGUGGCUUACUGGUCGGUCACCAACCGCUUACUUCGCCGGCAAUUGAAAUUGACGAAGGCUUCACAUCAGUGCAGUUUGCCGGCAGUCCACCCAUGAAACUAACUGCCGUAGAAAUUUGGGCAGCUGGUCCUUCAAGUCACCUGGACAAGCUGGCAGCUCAGAAAACCUGGGAACUGCAGCAGGUCAAUAAAGAGAAGAACAGAAAAUUCAAUUUGGACGAGGAUUGGCGAGAGUCAGCUGACCGCCAUUUACUGAACAUGGCGGGGAUCAACGUUCGCCGGUCGGAGGCUUUUGAAGAGCCUAACGCUGCAAAAGAUCUGUGA